CAAGCAAGAUCCAAGCCGAUACCUGCAUUAAAGUUGUCAUCCGGGGAUUAAACCAGUCUCGAGACCGACUCCAUUGUGACGUGAAACAUGAAAGUGAAAGUGAUCGACUCUGGCUCCUCCUAUCCUGUAGGACGUCAGCUCUCCGUUGCUAUGCGACAGGAGCGGUAAUCUAGAACACCUGAGGAAAUCCCGAGGAGGCGUGGCUUCGAGCUUCACGCGCUUCAGUUUGGGACACAGAUACAGUGGUCUGUGUUUGUUUCCACUAGCUGCUCGUGAAACGGAAGUUUAACACAUUAGAAGUAAGGACGUCCUCGUAUUUACUUCCGCGUUGAAAAAUAAAGUGCUUAGGUGUGUGUUCGUUGAAUGACCUCGUUCAAAGUACAAAUCAAAGUACCGCGAGAGCGAAAGUAAAGAGAACACAGAACCGUCAGUCGAUCUCGCGAUACUUUGAUGUUAUGCACCUUGUACUUUACAUGUGACGUUUACACCUGAUCGUUUUUUUCUGAUCGAAAAACCUUUAAAACUAUUAACCUAACCAUAAUUUUUAAUGUUUAUGCGGGGGGGAAGUUGUCUAGAAACUGAACGUUUUGAUCAAAGCAAGUCUUCAGCUGUGGAGCAGAAAGACACUUCCUUAUUCAUUCGUGAGUUGGUGAAGGACGAUGGCGUCUGUUAAAAAGCUGCUCUUGGACCAACUGAUGGAGCUGGCAGAAGAUGAACUGAAGAAUUUUCAUUGGCAUUUAGUGAAUUUUUAUCAAAAGUGCAUAUCAAAGUCUGAAUUGAAAAAUGCAGAUAGACUUGACACAGUAGAUAAGAUGGUGAUGUGUUUUGGACCAGAUGAAGCUGUGAAGGUCAUGGUAGACGUCCUGAGAAAGAUAAACCAAAAUGAUCUGGCUGAACAGUUGCAGAAUGAACACAAGCAAGCUCAGACUGAGGACAAUAUGAAGACAUCUGUCCCUGUUAGAGAGCUGCAAAAUGUCUUGAAAACUCACAAAAACAACAUGAAGAUGAAGGCAAAAUACAUUUUUGAGGGCAACAAAGAAACUGACACAGAUCUGAAAGCUGUUUACACAGAUCUGUUCAUCACAGAGAGAGAUAUAAAAGAUGUAAAUCAGGAACAUGAGAUUCUGAAGAUUGAUGAUGCUUUCAAGAGCAAAAAAACACUGAACAAACCAAUCAAAUGCAAUGAUAUAUUUACUGAACUGAGGAAAAACAAUGAGUUAAAGAUUGUGUUGACCAAAGGAGUCGCUGGCAUUGGAAAAACUGUGUCUGUGCACAAGUUCAUCCUGGACUGGGCCGAAGGAGAAUCUAAUCAGGAUAUAGACUGUGUGUUCCUGCUUCCAUUUAGAGAGAUCAAUGUGAUUAAAGAGAGAGAGGUCAGUCUCCAUGAGUUUCUGCUGAAAUUUAAUCCUGAAUUGAUGUUCCUGGAGAAAUCAAAGUUAUAUACAGAAUAUAAACUUGUGUUUAUAUUUGAUGGACUUGAUGAGAGUCGACUGCCUUUGAAUUUUGAAAGUGAUACAUUGAACACUGUUGAGGAAAGAUCAUCUGUAGAUGUGCUGUUUACAAGUCUGGUCAAAGGUAAACUGCUUCCAUCAGCUCUUGUCUGGGUCACAUCACGACCAGCAGCAGCCAAUCAGAUCCCUCCUCAGUAUGUAGGAUUGUUCACAGAAGUGCAAGGAUUCACUGACCAACAGAAGGAAGAGUACUUCAGAAAGAGAUUCAAAGAUCAGAGUCUGUCCUCCAGAAUCAUCUCACACAUUAAGACGUCUCGUAGUCUCUACAUCAUGUGCCACAUUCCUGUGUUCUGCUGGAUCACAGCCACAGUACUUCAGGAUAUUCUCACUGAGAACAAUGAAGAGAACAUCAGCACAACACUCACUGAAAUGUACAUUCACUUCCUGAGGAUACAGAUGAACAUGAAGAGUCAGAAAUAUGGCGAACAACAAGAAGGAGAAUGUUCAGAGCACUUACUUUUAAAUAGAGAGAUGAUUCUGAAGUUAGCCAAGCUAGCGUUUGAACAGCUGAAGCAGGAAAACAUUGUGUUCUAUGAGAAAGAUCUGAAAGCAUGUGGUAUUGAUGUGAGUAAAGAUGCUGAGUUCACAGGAAUGAUCGCUCAGAUCUUUAAGAAGGAAGUUGGACUUUAUAAGAGAAAGGUCUUCUGCUUUGUGCAUCUGAGCGUUCAAGAGUUCCUCGCUGCAGUGCAUGUGUUCACCUGUUACCUGAAAAAAAACAAGCAAGAGCUUAAGUUUUUCUUUGAGAAUUCACAAACUAAAGUCAUACAAAAUCUUACAUUUCCUUUUAGAAAGGUCAAAUGGCAUGACUUAACAGAGAGAGCCAUUGAAAAAGCAAUGCAGAGUAAGAGAGGGCAUCUGGACCUGUUCCUGCGGUUUCUGAUGGGAAUUUCACUGGAAUCCAGUCAAAAUCUGCUCAAAGGCCUGCUCACACACACCAAAGACACCACAGAGAGCAUCAGAAAUCUAAGUGCACACAUUAAAGAAUUACAACAACAGGACAUCUCAGAUGAAGCUUCAGUCAACCUGUUCUACUGCUUACUUGAACUGAAAGAUCAUUCAUUAUAUGAGGAAAUACAGAGUUACCUCAGUUCAGAUGAACAUCCAGGAAGAGAUCUCUCGUCUUCAAUGUGCACAGUGUUGACCUACAUACUACUGAUGUCAGAGAAGGUGCUGGAUGAGUUCAACCCAAAGAGGUUCACAUCAAAACUAGGAGACUACAGGAGACUCAUUCCAGCUGUGAGAUGCUGCAGAAAAGCUCUAUUUGAAAGUUGUGGUUUUGAUGAAACAUGCUGUGAAACUCUGUCUUCUGCUCUACAAUCAUCAAACCAUCUGACAGAGCUGGACCUGAGUAACAAUGAUCUGCAGGAUUCAGGAGUGAAGCUGCUUUCUGAUGGACUGAAGAGUUCACACUGUAGACUGAAGAUAAUAAGGUUGUCUGGCUGCAUGGUGACAGAGGAAGGCUGUGGUUAUGUGUCUUCAGCUCUGACUUCAAACCCCUCACACCUGAGAGAGCUGGAUCUGAGCUACGAUCAUCCUGGAGAUUCAGGAGUGAAACUGCUCUUUGAAAAACUGGAGGAUCCAAACUGCUCACUAAAUAAACUCAAUGUUGAGCAUGGAGGAGAAUCCAGGAUUACAGCAGGACUCAAGAAAUAUGAGUGUUUUUUCACACUGGAUCCAAACACAGCACACACUCAUCUCAUUCUGUCUGAGGAGAACAGAAAGGUGACAGAUGUGUCUCAGUCUCAGUCGUAUCCUGAUCAUCCAGACAGAUUUGAUGGUGUGUGUCAGUUGUUGUGUAGAGAGAGUGUGUGUGGACGCUGUUACUGGGAGACCGAGUGGAGUGGAGUUGUGUUUAUAUCAGUGUCAUAUAAGAACAUCAGCAGGAAGGGACCGGGUGAAGAGUGUGUGUUUGGAUCUACUGAUCAGUCCUGGAGUUUGAUCUGCUUUCCUCACAGUUACUCCUUCAUACACAAUAAGAUAAAGACUGAUCUCUCUGUGAAGCCCAUCAUCAUCAGAAGAAGAAGAACAGGAGAGUAUGAAGAUAUCUACAGAGUAGGAGUGUACGUGGAUGAGAGCGCAGGAACUCUGUCCUUCUUCAGCGUCUCUGACUCAAUGAGACUCAUCCACACAGUCCAGACCACAUUCACUCAGACACUCUGUCCUGGGUUUUAUGUUGGUUAUAAAUCCUCAGUGAAACUGUGUUGAUGAAUC